AUGCUGCCCAAAUUCGAGACUGAAUCCCUGGGACUCUCUCGAUCGUAUGGCGAACAGGGGCACAUGCCAAGGAACAUGCAGGCCCCUCAGUUAAAAAUGAUGGACUACUCAUAUGACGAAGACCUGGACGAGAUGUGUCCCGUGUGCGGAGACAAGGUUUCAGGUUAUCACUACGGACUUCUGACCUGUGAAAGCUGCAAGGGCUUCUUCAAGCGCACCGUCCAGAACAACAAGCGUUACACAUGUAUAGAGAACCAGAGCUGCCAGAUUGACAAGACCCAGAGAAAGCGCUGCCCAUACUGCCGCUUCCAAAAGUGCCUCACCGUCGGCAUGAAGCUAGAAGCUGUGCGAGCGGAUCGCAUGCGGGGCGGUCGCAACAAGUUCGGCCCAAUGUACAAACGUGACCGAGCCCUCAAGCAGCAAAAGAAGGCGCUGAUUCGAGCCAACGGCCUGAAGAUUGAGGCCAUGAGCCAGGUGAUGCAGGCCGUACCCACUGACCUCACUAUCUCUUCAGCCAUCCAGAACAUCCACUCUGCAGCCUCCAAGGGCCUUCCACUGAGCCACCACGCUGGCCACCACACCAGUCACCACCACCACCACCACCACCACGGCACAGCCCUUCCCCCAACAGACUACGACCGCAGCCCGUUUGUCACUUCGCCAGUAAGCAUGGCAAUGCCACCACAUGCCGGCAGCCUGCAGGGCUACCAGGCAGCCUACGGACACUUCCAGGGCACUCGCACCAUCAAGUCCGAGUACCCAGACCCAUACACCAGCUCACCAGAAUCCAUCAUGGGCUAUGCCUACGUUGACGCCUACCAGUCGGGCUCACCACCCAGCUUCCCACACCUGAUUGUAGAGUUGCUUAAAUGUGAGCCAGAUGAGCCGCAGGUUCAGGCCAAGAUCCUAGCCUAUCUACAGCAGGAGCAGGCGAGCCGGGGCAAACACGAGAAGCUCAAUACCUUUGGCCUGAUGUGCAAGAUGGCCGACCAAACACUCUUCUCCAUCGUGGAGUGGGCACGCAGCAGCAUUUUCUUCCGAGAACUCAAGGUGGAUGACCAGAUGAAGCUGCUGCAGAACUGCUGGAGUGAACUCCUCAUUCUCGACCAUGUUUUCCGCCAGGUGGUGCAUGCCAAGGAGGGCUCCAUCCUAUUGGUCACUGGCCAACAGGUGGACUACGCAGUGAUUGCCUCACAGGCAGGAGCAACUCUCAACAAUCUGUUGAGCCACGCCCAGGAGCUGGUGGCCAAACUACGCUCUCUGCAGCUGGAUCAACGAGAGUUUGUCUGCCUGAAGUUCCUGGUGCUUUUCAGCCUGGAUGUGAAGAACCUGGAGAAUUUUCACCUGGUCGAGAGCGUCCAGGAGCAGGUCAACGCAGCGCUGCUGGACUACGUCAUGUGCAACUACCCACAGCAAACGGACAAGUUUGGCCAGCUGCUCCUCCGGCUACCCGAGAUACGAGCCAUCAGCCUGCAAGCCGAAGAAUACCUAUACUACAAACACCUGAACGGCGACGUGCCCUGCAACAACCUGCUCAUUGAAAUGCUGCACGCCAAAAGAGCUUAGGAGGCGACUUUCCUACCCGCAGUGCAGCUGUGCAGUUUUGCAGCAGUCCAGAAACUCCAAAUAAUGCUUUCACCAAAACCAAACCUCCAGCUCACACUUGACUAUGUGGUGACCUAGAGGAUGGGGAGCAGAGUUUAUAUCGAGCUUUUUUUUUUUUGUGGUUCAAGUUACAACUUGAAGUGAACGAACACGUGCACAGAGACUCGUAACGUGCACAGACAAACAGCAUUUGGAUCCCUUUAUUGUAGAAAGAAAAAAACCCAGUAAAAACUCAAAAAAGAAAAGUCGCUUUUCCUCAACCACAGACAGAAAAAGACAAUGCUGAAAGGAAGAAAGAAAAAAAAACAAACACUUGAAGCAGAAUCUGCAUUUGACUCUACAAGAUGAUUUCUGAUCAUCUGCACAAGCAAGACUAUCAGACUGUCAGACUGCAACUUUAAGAAUUCAAGAGCCCACAAAUGUUUUAGUGCUGGUAAUGCCAUUGAGAGGCUUUCUGUGCUGACAAAAAAAGGGAAGCUGAAUAACACUGCCCAUCUUUAAAAGAGCCUUGUGACUACAGCGGUGGCUUGUUUUGGUCAAUGAUUCUCUUCUGCGCUCUCUCAAUAAAAACUGGCUUUUAGUUGCUGUUUGGUACUGUAAGGGCAAAAUGACAAGCUGUCAACCAGGCAAGAGACUCUCAGCUACCAUCACGUCUGUUUUUUUGUUGUUGUUUUUUUAACUCACAAAAAAAAUGAGUGGCAGCUCGACCUAACUGAAAGGGAAGAACUGAAAGUUGAAAAAUAAAAGUCAAAUUUGUUAGCGAACAAAAUGCUAAAUGGGUGAAUAAGAAGAAGACGUCUUUUUUUCUCUUGUAAUUGAAGUCAUUUGCUCCUCAUGGUCGCCAUGCAGUUCUCCUUUCCUAUUCCAUCUCUCCAUGUUAUGUUAGACUAUGUACCUCAGAAAGACCAGUGUUAAAUAAAUUCAAUUAA